GGGGAACAGGGCAGAAUGCCUGUGCUAGAGCGCUAUUUCCACUCGGCAGAGCUAGGCAGACGGUGGACGGCCCCAGAAGGUGUGCUGCCCUCCUCCCUGGGCAGCCGGCCGGGGUGCCAGCAGGGGCCGCUGCCCUGGGACUUGCCAGAGAUGAUCAGGAUGGUCAAGCUGGUUUGGAAAUCCAAAAGUGAGCUGCAGGCGACCAGACAGAGAGGCAUUCUGGAGAAUGAAGAUGCUCUGCACAGCUUUCCAGGAGAUGUACGACUAAGGGGUCAGACGGGGGUUCCUGCUGAACGCCGCGGCUCCUACCCAUUCAUUGACUUCCGCCUACUUAACAAUACAACACACUCAGGGGAAAUUGGCACCAAGAAAAAGGUGAAAAGACUGUUAAGCUUUCAAAGAUACUUCCAUGCAUCGAGGCUGCUUCGUGGAAUUAUCCCACAGGCCCCUCUCCACCUGCUGGAUGAAGACUACCUUGGACAAGCAAGGCAUAUGCUCUCCAAAGUGGGAAUGUGGGAUUUUGACAUUUUCUUGUUUGAUCGCUUGACAAAUGGAAACAGCCUGGUAACACUGCUGUGCCACCUCUUCAACACCCAUGGACUCAUUCAUCAUUUCAAGUUAGAUAUGGUGACCUUACACAGGUUUUUAGUCAUGGUUCAAGAAGAUUACCACAGCCAAAACCCGUAUCACAAUGCUGUCCAUGCAGCCGAUGUCACCCAGGCCAUGCACUGCUACCUGAAGGAGCCAAAGCUCGCCAGCUUCCUCACACCUCUGGACAUCAUGCUUGGACUGUUGGCUGCAGCAGCCCACGAUGUUGACCACCCAGGGGUGAACCAGCCAUUUUUGAUCAAAACUAACCACCACCUCGCCAACCUAUAUCAGAAUAUGUCUGUGCUGGAGAAUCACCACUGGCGAUCUACAAUUGGCAUGCUCCGAGAAUCCAGGCUUCUUGCUCACUUGCCAAAGGAAAUGACACAGGAUAUUGAACAGCAACUGGGCUCCUUGAUCUUGGCAACAGACAUCAACAGGCAGAAUGAAUUUUUGACCAGAUUGAAAGCUCACCUCCAAAAUAAAGACUUAAGACUGGAGGAUGUACACGACAGGCACUUUCUGCUUCAGAUUGCCUUGAAGUGUGCUGACAUUUGCAACCCCUGCAGAAUCUGGGAGAUGAGCAAGCAGUGGAGUGAAAGGGUCUGUGAAGAGUUCUACAGGCAAGGUGACCUUGAACAGAAAUUUGAACUGGAAAUCAGUCCUCUCUGUAACCAACAGAAAGAUUCAAUCCCUAGUAUACAAAUUGGUUUCAUGACCUACAUCGUGGAGCCACUCUUCCAGGAAUGGGCCCGUUUCACCGGAAACAGUGCCCUGUCUGAGAACAUGCUAAGCCAUCUUGCACACAACAAAGCCCAGUGGAAGAGCCUGCUGCCCAAGCAACACAGAAGCAGUGGUGGUGGCUGUGCUGGUGGCAGCCCAGACCACACAGACCACGGGACUGAGAAUGAGGAGCAGACUGUGACUGAAGGCAUCGCCCCCUAGUGCCAGCCCGGCCUGCCCCCUGCUCUGCACACAGAGAAUGAGAACCGCCUUGAGCAGAGACCUCCUGAGAGGGGAGUUCUAGGGGUUCUUGACCAUCAACCCAGCCGCUCUCUGGGUUUCAUCCUGGGGCUCUUUGGAAUGCCACCUGCUCCCACUCACCUGCCUCCCCUCCUUCUUCCCAGUGUACAGAAGCCAUUCAUCACCUCAGCAUUAGCUGCCGAAAUGAGCAACUCCAUUCAGUAACAUGGGAGCCAAGUCCAGGGGCAGGCCUGCCCCUCACGGAGAAGACUGGGAGAAAGAAAGAGGUGCUACUGCCAUGUCCCCACGGCCCUGGGUCACAUUGUGACAGGCAGCAGUUCCUAAGUCCAGAGCAUUUU